ACCAACUGUUUCUCUGUCGCCUUCCCUUGCUUGCGUGCGGCUUCGGCAUGCAAUAAAAAGUUUAAUUAAUUAAAAUGAAAUUGCUGAUGAAUGUUCAGAGGCGGCUUUGGCUCCUACGACGCCAAAGGUCAACCACAUCAACUAUAGCUAAAGCACAUGACAACGAAUCAUCGGAACCGGCACUAACCAAUACACAACUGGAUGAGCUCGAGCGGAAUGUGACAUUACGCCAACACAAAAACAACAUUCCCCUCAUUCGUAGCCUGUUGACUGAGGUGCGAAAGGGCAAUCAGCAGAAGCAACAAGAGUUACAGGCCGAGAUAGAACAGUUGCCGAAUUCUACACAUCCUCGAUUACUUAAUUACGGCAAUGAACCCCGCGAAUUGGCCCAAUAUAAACAUCGUCAAUUGGAUUCGGAGGCAUCCAAAAAGGAGUUCUCCGAACUGGCACGCUCUCUUAAUCUAUAUCGCAUGGAUCACUUGGGAAACUAUACGGGACACAAGAGCUAUUACUUGACGGGCCAGUUGGCCAUGUUGGAGCAGGCUAUUAUACAGUUCGCUUUGCAAUCAGUCACAAAACAUGGGUUUAAACUGAUGUCUGUGCCCGACAUUCUGCCGCCGGAGGUCAUCGAGUCAUGUGGGAUGCGCACUGAGGGAGAAAGGACGCAGGUCUAUAAACUGGACACCGGCGAAUGUCUAUCAGGCACUUCGGAAAUGGCUCUAGCUGGUUAUUUUGCACGCAAACAUCUAUCCGAGGAGCAAUUGCCGCUAAAAGUGACUGCUGUAAGUCGUUGCUAUCGCGCCGAAACUUCUGGAUUGCAGGAGGAAAAGGGUAUUUAUCGUGUGCAUCAAUUUACUAAGGUGGAAAUGUUUGCGAUCUGCUCUCCGCAACAAUCUGAAGCCGAACUGGAAGAGUUUAAGAAUAUUGAGGUAACGCUUUUCAAGGAAUUGGGUCUUAAUUUCCGCCUUCUUGAUAUGCCACCUUGCGAGUUGGGAGCUCCGGCGUACCAGAAAUAUGACAUUGAAGCCUGGAUGCCAGGCCGGCAGAUGUGGGGUGAAAUCUCCAGCUGCAGCAAUUGCACGGACUACCAAGCGAAGCGUUUGGACAUAAAAUAUAAGCGAAAAAGUGAUGACCAACUGUUGCAUGCUCAUACCAUCAAUGGGACGGCAACAGCCAUACCACGACUACUGAUUGCUCUGCUUGAAUCAUAUCAAAAUGGAGACAUAAUUGAAAUACCCAAGGUCCUCAGGCCUUUUAUGGAUGAUCAAAAAGUGAUAACGAAAAACAAACGGAUUCCCGAAACCAAAUUGGUGAAAUUCAUCAAAUCGAAUCAUUAAAGUUAAUGUGAUUGUUUUUGUGAAAAAUUAAUAUACAUAAUAAAAUUGUUGAUAUGGUAAAUGUUAUUUUAUCAUUAAUUAAGCUAUAGAUAAUUGUCAUCAAUUUAAUUAUCUCGAAAGUUACAUACCCUUCAACACCGCCAAAAUAUCUCAUUUUCAAUAGUUAAAAAUGCUAUCAAAUCCAAAUUAUAUAUUUAUUACCAGCCUGGAACUGGAAUGUAGAUGCUCGUUGAUUAACAGGGAAUCACAAACAAGUGCUAAAAGAAACAAUAUAAUUGUACAAUAUUAAAUUCUAUGAUUAAGUUUAGCAAACAACAAUGCGACAACUUUAUGAUAA